GGGUAUUCACUAGUAAAAAUCUACCGCAUAGCCACUGAAGUGCCACUACAAAAUCGUGGCUAAAAAAUAAAAGCCACGCUGACGCCACGUUUUAAGAACGAAGCGAAACAAGCCACGGUAAAUCUAAAUAAAGCCACGGUCUAGUCACGAAAAAAUGGGUGGCUAUAUAUAGCCACGAAGAAGCAACGAAUUAUUCGUGGGAACAAAUAUAGCCACGAAUUUACCACUAAUAAAAGAGUGGCCAUGUUUUGUUUUGUUGUGCCGACAUCAAAAAGAGAUACAGCCACGGUUUUUUCAUGGCUAUUGCGUGGCUAUAUGUACUUUAUUCAGUCCGUGGCAGAGAAAGAUUCGAUUGGGCUGUGAUAUUUUAAAAAGCCACGGAAUGUUCGUGGCUAAAGAGUGGCUACUUUGAAAUAUAUAUACACUACACAACCGUAACAUUUAGAACUUUUGUUCUUCACUCAAAUUUUCUAAACAAAAUGUCUUUCUACUUUCAGUCUAGAGAAUGGAUGGAUCAAAGAAUUGAUCCUGGGAGUAAUUGCGUUUCAGAAACAUUUCUCGGAGGUAUUGACGCAUUUAUUCAAUUUGCGUGUAACCAAGCUGAUUACAAAGAAAGAGAGACUUUAUUGUGUCCGUGUGCUCGAUGCAAAAAUGUGAAGCAACGAGAAGCAAGAGUUGUCGCAAGACAUCUAUUCUUAUACGGUUUUAAGGGAAAUUAUUAUGUUUGGACGAGUCAUGGAGAGAAAUUCUAUGAUGUUGGUGAGAGUUCCGGGGCGAAUCAGUCGACUGGUGAAGAAGAAAUGUGGGAGAAUCCUACUUGGAAUGCUUAUGAAAAUCACCAUCAGAAUAUUCCAGAAGUACAAGAAGACAUUGCGCCACCUUACAUGCCAGAAUCUAUAGAAGAGAUGGGCAUAGCGGAACCAUAUCACGAUAGUGUUUUUGAAGCAUUUGAAGCAGCCACUCAACCUCUCUACGAAGGAUGUGCAGAGGGAAUAUCUCAGUUGUCUCUUGCUUCGCGGAUGAUGAAAGUGAAGACAGAUUAUAAUCUACCAGAAGCUUGUGUAGAUGAGAUAUCUGAAGUAUUUAAAAACAUACUUCCACAGCCAAAUAAAGCUCCAGCAACAUAUUAUGAGACAAAGAAACUGACACGAGCGCUUGGGUUACCCGUACAGAAGAUUGACGUUUGCGUGAAGAAUUGUAUGUUAUUUUGGAAAGGAGAAGAUGCGAAUUUGGUCAGUUGUCGGUUUUGUGGAGAAGAUCGCUACUACCCGAAGAAUGGAAAAGGUAAAAACAAACCGAAACAGAGAAUGUUUUACCUGCCAAUUGCAGAUCGUCUGAAGCGUCUAUACCAACUCGAGGCGACAGCUUCCAAUAUGCGGUGGCAUAAGGAACAUGUGACUCCGGAAGGAGAAAUGCAUCACCCAUCUGAUGCCAUUGCGUGGAAACACUUUAAUGAGUUAUAUCCUGGUUUUGCUGCUGAAAGCCGGAAUAUUUAUCUAUGCUUAUCAACAGAUGGGUUUAAUCCGAUUGGUAUGAAUGGCGAAGCACAUUCCCUUUGGCCCGUUAUUGUAAGUCUAUACAAUUUGCCUCCGGGAAUGUGUAUGAAAAGAGAAUUCUUUUACCUUUCGGUGCUAAUUUCGGGGCCCAAACAUCCAAGAAAAAGCUUAGAUAUUUACCUUCAGCCUUUGAUUGAAGAAUUACAGAGUUUAUGGAAGGAUGGUGUGGAGGCAUAUGAUAUUUCAAGGAAAGAAAGAUUCAUAAUGCGAGCAGUGUUGAUGUGGACGAUAAGCGAUUUUCCAGCGUAUGGGAUGCUUUCAGGUUGGACGACGCAUGGUCGGUUGGCGUGCCCAUAUUGUCAAGAUGAGACAGGUGCGUUCUGGUUACGUAAUGGACGAAAACAUAGUUGGUUUGAUUGCCACAGAAGGUUUUUAGAUGAAGAUCAUCCUUACAGGAAAAACACUCAAGCAUUUACACGGGGAAAAACAGUUCUAGAUCCUCCUCCACCAUGGUUGACCGGAGAAGAAAUAUUGCGUGAGAGGAUAAAUAAUAUAGAAGGUUUAUCGAAGUCCGUUGAAUGUGGAGGGAAUGGACAUGAUAAUCCAUCCAAGACAAUAGCUGAAUACGGAGUUACUCACAAUUGGGUAAAAAAGAGUAUUUUCUGGGAGUUACCGUAUUGGGAAACUCAUCUUCUUCGGCAUAACCUUGAUUUCAUGCUCAUUGAGAAGAACUUCUUCGAUAACCUCACGAACACAUUGUUAAAUGCUCCUGGGAAGACAAAAGACAACAUCAAAAGCAGAUUGGAUCUUCCAGGACUAUGCAAAAGGCGCGAUUUAGAGAUGAAAGAGGAUGGAACGAUGCCCGUGCCAAUAUUCAGGCUGUCAAAUGCGGCAAAGCGAGAAUUCCUUCUGUGGCUGAAAAAUGACAUAAAAUUUCCCGAUGGGUACGCCUCCAAAUUUAGUCGAUGUAUUGACGAAAGCAAUUUAAAGCUACAUGGCUUGAAAAGUCAUGAUUGUCAUGUCAUAAUGGAACGACUAUAUCCAUUUGCGUUCGCUGAACUCCUUCCAAAAAUUGUUCAUACGGCAAUUAGAGGUAUUUAUUUUUUAUAUCAUUUUAAAAUUUACUAUAAUUGAUGUUAUAACUUUAAUGUUUUGUUUACAGAUAUUGCCCUCUUUUUCCGAGAUAUCUCCUCGAAGAUUUUGAAAGAAUCAGAUGUUGGUCUUUUAAAGGCAAAUAUUGGUGUGAAGCUUUGUAACUUGGAAAAGAUAUUUCCUCCAUCAUUCUUCGAUGUUAUGGAACAUCUUCUUGUGCACCUUCCAGAUGAGGUAGCCUUAGGAGGCCCCGUCCAUUUUAGGUGGAUGUAUGUAUUUGAAAGAUACAUGUACCAUUUGAAGAAGAUGGUCAAAAACAAAGCACACAUUGCAGGUUCGAUAGUUGCACAAUGGAUAAACGAGGAGAUUUCAAGAGCAUCCUCAAAUUUUUUUGGGAAUCCCGAAAUCAUGAGCAUUCCAGAAGGUCCAAGUGAUAUUCGUUUCUCAUACACUUAUUCGGAUGUACCACCUUUGUUUUACCAUGAAGGGAGAAUCAGUGGUCAAUGCUCAACUGGUUGGUUAAAUGAUGAAGAUAACACCGUUCUUCAGACAUUUAUGAUGCUCAACUUUGAAACAUUUGCUCCAUAUGAAAGGUACUUUAAUAUUAUGAAAAUAUAAUAAAAAUACAUAUUUCUAGUUACAUAAUUAAUAUUUUAAAUGUGUGUAGGAUGUUUGAAGAAUAUAUGACGCGGAGUAUUCCUGAAAUUACUCCAGCUGCAAUGCAAAAAGCGAAAGACACUAAGUUUGCUGAGUGGUGCAAAGACUAUGUGAGUUUUUGUUUUUAUAUUAUCAAGUUUCACAAUUUAUUUAAUUAAACUUGUAAUUUAUAACAAUGUUAUUUUAUUGCAGAUUAAUGAUGCGACUCAGUUUUACACAUUUCCUAUGUGGAUGUUGGAUUUUGUACAAGGUCCUAGGCGCAGUUAUAGGUCUUGGCCAAUAUACCACACACGGGGAUACACUUUCCACACACAUAACCACGGUCAAGAUAGGAAAACUCAACAUUAUGGUGUUUGUGUUCCUGGAACCAAUAAAACAGACUACUAUGGCCUCAUACAGGAGAUUAUGAUGGUGGAGUAUCAUGGUGAUGUUGGCUUGAAAGUCAUGGUUUUCAAAUGUUCGUGGUUUGACACCACGGAAAAUCGCGGUAUGAGAAUACAUCCAUCUGGUCUUGUUGAUGUUUCACCACGAAGACAAUAUGCCAAAUAUGAUCCUUUUGUAUUACCUGGUAAGUGAAAUAUAGUUAUGUGCUUGAGAUUUGAUGUUUGAUGAAAAGUCAUGAUUUGAAACUAUGAUGUUAUUGUAUCAUGAACAGGUAAUUGUGAUCAAGCAUGUUUUAUUUCUUAUCCACGGGUACGUCGACAUUCAGCGGAUGAUUGGUGGGCAUGCGCAAAAAUUAUUCCUCGAGGAAUCCGAGAAACGUCAGAAAUUGCUUUAACUGCUUGGCAGGAUAAUAGACGUGACCAAGUUGCGGAAAGUUCAUUGUUACGGGUGGAAACACAUGUUGUUGACGAUGUGUCUGAUUAUGAUAUUGCUCCGGUGAAUCCUCCAAACGAUGAAUAUGUAUCAGAUGUCGAGGUACAAUCAGACGGUGAUUCGGAAUAGUGAAAUAUAUUCUAAAAUUGUAAAAUAUGAUGUGAGCUUGUAAAAUAUGUUGUAAGCUUGUAAAAUAUGUUGUGAGAUUGUUAAAAAAAAUUAUAUGAUGUAGAAUAUAUGGAAUAUGUAUGAAAUGUUUGGAUUGUAGUUGUUGUAUGAGUAUAAGGUUGAUAAGAAAAGGGUUUGGGGUUUAGGUGUCGUAGUUUAUGGGUUGGGUGUUUGUGGUUUCGCGUUGUUAAUAUAGCCACGAUUAUAUACUGGCUAUAUAGUGGCUAUGUGGAAAUUGGGACAAAACCAAUUGGUUUGGCUCCAAUUGUUUUUAGUUUGGCGCUUGAUAUUAGAAUUUAGCCACUGUAAUGGCGUGGCUAGUUCGUGGCUUCUCUAAAAUUUUGGUAAACCAAUUGGGUUUGGCUCCAAUUUAUUUGGUUUUGGCGGUUCUUAUUAAACAUAGCCACUGUUAGCCACUAUCUUUUCGUGGCUUUGCUGAAAAGGGUUUUAUACUGCGGUUUUCUUCUUUCUUCUCAACACUUAGAGAAAAAAAGGAGAAACUCGCGACACAACACAGAAUCGCCUUCUCUGAUUCUAGUCUCGCCGUCUCUGAUUCCAAGCCGCGCCGUCUCCCGCCUCCCGCCUCCCGCCUCAAUCUCUCACCUCUCAAGGUAACCCUCUCUCUCUUCCCCUGACUUGAACCCUUCGAUUCCCGAUUAGAUAUGAUGUUUUAAGGUUUCCGAUUUCUCUGUGUCUUCUUUGUGUUCGUCUUGCAUGUUUAGUUCUUGUUUUCGAUCUAGACUCUCGUUUUUUGUUUUGUUUUGUGAGCUCAAGGGUUUUCGAUCUAGGGUUUUAGUCUGUCUAUUUUGUAAUUAGGCUUUCUACUUUGUAAGCUCUAGGGCUUUCGAUCUAGGGUUUUAGACUAUCUACUUUGUAAGCUCGCUGUUUCUGUCUCUGUAAUGUCUCUCUUUGUUUUUUUUUUUUUUGUAACACCUAAUGUCUCUCUUUGUUUUCUCUAAACGAUGAAUAUGUAAGAUCUAAUGUGUUUUCUUUGGUUGUUAACAGAUGAACUCAACAAGAGUACAUGGAACACAUGUUGCGUCUCCUCCUAUGCCUCCUGGUGCUACUGGACACGUUUUUAACCAUGCUGGAUCUCCUCCUAUGCCCCCUGGUGCUACUGGACCCGCUUUUAACCAUCCUGGAUCUCCUCCUAUGCCUCCUGGUGCUACUGGACCCGCUCAAAACCAUACUGCUUCAUCAUCUCGUUCCAACAGCUACCCGCAAAUGACCCUUAAUGCAAUGCUCAAUUCACCUGCUCGGCUCUUACAGCCACAUCUCCAUCCCGAUAAGCUGAAUGGAGCUUUAUGGUAAGAUCACUUCCUCCUCUUGGAAUGUUUCUUUUAUUUGAAUUGUGUCUGUGAUUGCCUAGGAUUGAUUCUGUUAGGAUUGUUUUGUGAUAGUUUCUGUAGGAUUUUGUCAUAGUAUUGUUUCUGUUAUGUUUCUGUUACUAAUGUUUGUUAUCAUCUUAGGUUUGGUAUUGACCCAUCUGUCCAUGCUUUCAUCCGUGCAACUUGGAAAGGAUACUACAUGGGUCCUUGGAAGAGUUGGAGGAAGGUUCCUGAGGAAAGGAAGGAUUCAUGGUGGCAAACGUUUGUGCAAAAUUUCUACUGGGAGUCUCAGUUUGAUGACUUGGUCUACGGUCUGUGGAAGAAAGAAACUUGGACAACCAUUGGUGAAAGGAUUAGCAAGAAGAAGAGGCAACACAAGAAGCCAAAGUACAUCAGUGAUAGCGACUGGACACUCCUUCUGGAGUAUUGGGCAACUGAUUCAGCUAAAAAGAAAAGCAAUAAGGCUGCUACCAGCCGCAAGUCUGAUCCGGUGGGUAAAGGUUGCCACAAGCAUAAUGCAGGACCUAGGUCUUUUGCAAGGAUAGCGUAUAACAUGGUAUCUUCCAUGUCUAUGCUCUGAAAUAUAUUUUUUUCUAACUGUCUUCCUAAUUUUUUUUUUUUGCAGAAGCAAGCGUCUGCUACGGGAGAACCACCAUCCUACACUGCCCUUGUCAGGGAGACACACUCCCGACCAGAUGGGACUUUUGUGGACUAUCGUGCUGAAGAACUGGUAACUCAGGCCGAGAUGGAAGCCACACAGCUCUCUAACACUGAAGGAUCACCCGGGAGUCCAAGUGCAUCAUCUGCUCCUUCUCGCCUCAUGUUAAACAAAGCUUAUCUGAAGGUAUGAUCACUUAACAUUUUCAUUCUCGGGAAUUUUUUUUAUGUUCUGUUCUGUUUUGAAAAUUUCAUUGCAUAUGAUCAAUUUAUUUAAACUGUUGAUUGUGUUACCUGAGUUGAUCAAAUUGCCUUAUGUUAGCUUCUGUUUUGUCUUGCUUGGUUUUGAAUAUUUUUCCAUUUCUCUUACAGAAUGCUAAGAGUAAGAGGGGAUAUGUUUAUGGACUGGGCAGUGAACAAUACAGGGAGCAUGCGCCUUCUACACGCGUCCCCAAUGGUCUUGCCCGCAACCUGGAGGUGGAGAUGCGUGUGGGCGGUCUUGAGACAAGCCUCCAACGUGUCACUGCUGAUGUUGCUGGGGUGAAGCAGGACGUCUCAGACAUGAGGCAGGACUUUGCAUCAACAAGGGAAGCAAUCAAUCAGCUCCUCCAAACACUUAGGCCCCCGCAAGCACCUACUGGACAGACUUCUGAUCAGCCUUGAUCAGCCUCAAGCACCAACUCCUCAGCCUAAUCCUCCCAAUGGCAUUUAGAAGUUGGUUGUUUAUCUUAUAACCUCUUUUGUAACAAGGUCUUUUGAUAGUAUUCUUAGACUCAAAACUCUUAACUUUGUCUAUGUAAGUUUUUAUGAAUGAUGAAUCUAAGACUUAUCUUUUAUAUAUAUAUAUAUAUGAAGUUGUCGUGUUUAUUGAAUGUGCAAUGUUUAAUAAUUUGAAUGGAUAUCUAAUAUGAAAAAUUGGGUAAUUAAAACUAACCAAACGAAAUGCUUUUAAAAACCGUGGCUACAACAAAGCCACUAAAACACAGUGGCUAAACCGUGGCUACGUUGGCUAGAAUAGCAACGAAGAAAAUAGUAGCACAAACGUGGCUAACCUAGCUACGAAAAGCCAUAAUUUUUUUUAGCCACGAGGCUAUAGCUACUGUAAUUUUCGGACAAAUAAGCGUGGCUGUUUUCUUUUGUAGCCACGAAUAUUUUCUCUAUAGCCACGUUUUUGUAGUGGCUAUGCGGUGGAUUUUUACUAGUGAUUUGGGAUUGACACAACUAAACAUUUAAAUUAAGCAUAACAUAAUUCAUAUACUAGUAGCCUAUCUCAUAUACUGCCAUUUUCUUCCAACUUGUAAACAACGGGUGUCUUCAUUUUCAUUUUGUUCUUUAGGUUUGUCAUGAAUGAGUUGAAAGAGUAAUAGUAUUUCUAUACUAUUUUAUGAAAUGGAACAAACUGUAUUUCUUUCAAAUUAGGCUCUUCUCUUAUUUGCCAUGUUUAUUAAUAUAUAAUGUACUACUUAGUAAGUUAUAUUUUAUUUGAUGCUUGAAAGAGAGGGUUUAAUUUUGUUCGCUGUUGUUUCAUAUUCUAUUGAUAUGAGUUUUGUAUUGGUAUAUACAUGUGUUUUAUAUUAGUUUGUAUAUGAUUUUGUGAAGAGAAAUAUUAUAUUGAACGUAAAUGGAAUAGAAUUUAUUAUGACAUCAAAUAGAAAAAGAAUACAAUGUGAUAUUGAAUGGGAAUGAUAUUCAUAUGAUGUUGUCUCUUCCACCUCUUUUCUCUAAUGCCGUCAAUAUUCAUUUCUAUUCGCUACAAUCAAUCUGAAUUUGGGGUAAGCAUUACCUCUUUCCCUAUAGACACUUCAAAAUUUGAACAAUAUAUAUGUACUAUGCUAUAUCGUUUGUUACCUUUUCUAUUAUAUAUGCUCAUGUAGAAUGAAAAUGCAUGUUACUUGCAUUGGGUUUAGUUUAUGAAAGAUUGAGUUUGACAUUGGAUUAAUGUAUGUAUUUUUGUGUAUGGUUUAGUGAUUAGUUGAUAGGGUUUAGUUUAUGUAUGAUUGGGGUUGACAUUGUUGCAAGCAUUACCACCUUCCAUGAAGGCAUAUCUAUAUCAACAUUGUGAAAUAUGUUAAAAUGAUUUUUAGAUUGCAACUACAUUUUCACAUUUUCUAUUUUAUAUGUCUCAUGUAGAAUGGUAAUGCAUCUUACUUGCAUUUCGAAAUUUGGAUUUAAUUUAUGAAAAUUGGGGUUGACAUUGGAUUAGGGUUGACUAUCGUUACAUGUUUUUGAACCUGUAAAAAUUGUACUAUAACCUAUAUCGUAUAGUUUAAUAUUACAUAAUAUAAUUUAAUAUUAUAUAAUAUUACGUAUUUUUAGAUUUUGAUAUUUGGGUUUAGGAUUCAUAUUUAGAUUAAGGUUUAGUGAUUAGAAUUUAUGGUUUAGUAUUAAAAGGUGAAGGAAUAUGGUUGGGAUCAUCAUUAAUUUCUUUCAUGUAAUCAUAGAUUUUUUAUAAUUUCACUAAUAUGUACUAUGUUAUUUAUUUUGUUCUAUUAUGUUUGGGUUAGAGUUUAUAUUUGGGUUCAUGGUUUAUAUUUGGAUAAGAGGUUAGUGAUUAUAAUUUAGGGUUUAGUAUUUAGAAUGUGAGGAAUAUCGUUGAGGUCAACAUUAACUUGUUCCAUGCAAGCAUAGAUAUUUCAUAAUUUUACCAAUAUGUACUAUGUUGUUUAUUUUGUUCUAUUCUAUUUGGGUUAGAGUUUAUAUUUGGGUUUAGAGUUUAUAUUUGGGUAAGAGUUUAGUGAUUAUAAUUUUGGGUUUAAUAUUUUGAAGGUGAGAGGAUAUGGUUAGGAUCAACAUUAACUUCCUCCAUGCAAUCAUAGACAUUUUAUAAUUUUACCAAUAUGUAUUUUGUUAUUUAUUUUGUUCUAUUCUAUUUGGGUUAGAAUUUGUAUUUGAGUUUAGUGUUUAUAUUUGGGUAAGGGUUUAGUGAUUAUAAUUUAAGAUUUAGUAUUUAGGGAUUGAGGUGUGAUUGGGACAAUGUUUAGUAUCUAGGGUUUAGGGUUGGGAUAUGUUUAAUAUUACAUGUUGUAGGUGAAGUUAUAAUUCUACACUACUUCAGUUUAUGGAAUAGAAUAUUUGGUGUACAUAUAUGUGAGUAAUAACAUGUGGAUGACUCCUUCUUUCUAAUGAAAUAUUUUUAUACAUACUUGAUCAUGUAUUACAUAGACUACGUGGACACACAAAACAUAUUUUUAUCGGAUAAUGACAGAGAAAGGGUAUAACCGGAUGAAAUAUGGUGUAAAUGUUAGUUUUCGUCAAAAUCAUUAUCACUCACUUUAUUUAUUGGCAUAUACACCCCUUUUUAAACAUCUUUAUUUAUUUAUUUUUCUGUUUUUGUAUGACAACUAAAAUUUAAAAAGAAAAGAAAAUACUAAACCGAAAAAGCCUACAGACCAGACCUACACAGACUGAGACUGAGAUGGUCUCAGCCAACAUUUACUUUCUGUUAUAGAGGACAAGAGGGAAAAGACCGACACCAAAAGGCUCGCCUCCGUGUUGGUCCCCACAAUUAACUUUCUUGGCCAUAUAAACAUAAUUUCGGUCUAUUUGUGCAUCGAAGUUAAAUGAUGAAACUAUUUUAAUUGCAAAGAAGAGAAGAAGUUUCAAAGACUAGUUAGUUAGAAAAGUCUUUUAACGAAUGUAUGAGAUCUUUGUGGUGGAGAAGUACGCACUAAUUAAAAACAAUACUUAACAUGUCAAAUUAUUUAACGAGAGCACUUGAUGAUUAGUUUCCUGAUAUUUUAUGUUUUAGAAAACGUAUAUGUAUUUGAUUUUGAUUUUUAUAAACUAAUACUCAGAUUUAAAUAAAACAAUGCAAUAUGAUGAUAUGUUUGGACAUAAAAUUUUUCUCUUUUGCUUAUCCACUUACUUGAAGUACGGCAAAAGAGUUAUACUGACCAGCAAUAUUCAUCGAAUAUAGACAGAAGAAAGAUCCAGUGAACAUGAUCGGACAAAGUAACGAGAACAUAUAAAUAAUUUAAAUCAAUCAAAUAUUACAUAGAAAGUGAUUAUUUAAUCAUGCGUGCUCCAACACCAGCAUUUGUAAUUCAAUUUUGAAUUUUUUUAUGUAUUGUAGUAGUCACGUGAAAUUCAAAUUAACACAUCUAUCAUGUUCUCUCUUUUGAUUUUGGCAUAUAUGGCAUCCAUUCUUUAGAGAGAUAGUGUGGGGUUACUUUUACGGUGGCCUGAUCUUUACAUAUAGCCCUAUAUAAUUCAACUAGCAGGUUCUUUCUUUUGUAAUUGAAUAUGAUCGGUUCCUCUGAUCAAACGGAUAAAGAAAACUAGAGAUUCAUGCCUCCUGGGUUUUUGUAUCUUGCUGCAGAGAUGACAAUGGAAUGUGAACAAUGGACAACAACAGUAUGAGAAUGGCAAUGGAACGUUGAGCCAUAUCUGUUUUUUUUUUUCAAUUAGAGAUUAAAACAAUGGCAAGCGUGUCAUGGGCAAUGCAUCGUGGACAUCAUGUCGUGGACAGAGUAGUGGACAUUAUUAUGCCAUGGAUAACACAACUUAGCAAGUGUUUCUAACAUAUUUAAUAUGCAAAAAUCAAAAGUGUGUACCAAAUAUGAGAAUCAAACGAGUCAUUCAAUCCUAAUGUUUGACACAAGCAGUACAUAUUUAGCUUAUAUUUACAAAAUACAUUUUUUUCUAGAGGCGUACAUCGUACACUGACCACAUCUUCUUUUUUUUUUUUUUGUAAACAACACUGACCACAUCUUCAUUAUGAUUUUAUUUUAAAAAAUAUAAUUUAUGCUAGUGUUUUGUAAGCAAACAUCAAUGCAUUCAGUCAUUGUCUUAAGCUGUAAAACACAUAAGCAUUGAUUUACCAAACUCUUGAUACCGUAGAGAAUAUCAAGAAACAGAAACAAUCUUGUAGAUAAUUUAGAAGAUGUGUUCUGACUUCAGGAAAGUUUUUUACAAGAUGGUAUAUUAAGAUGAAGUCUGUAAAAAUUCAAUGCUUCAAACUCUGAGAUCUAACACGAUGAAGAUGAACAUUUUAUAUUUUUAUACUAAUUCAUAUAACUAGAACGUUGAAUUAUUCAAAUUGUUGAGAGACAAGAUCCAAGAUACAAGAUAUAAGAUCCAAGAGAGA